AUGAGUGUCGCAACAGAAGGUGUAGAAGAAACGUUAUUUGAAGGGACUCGAGAAACAAGGCAAACCACUAAAAUUACUCAGAUCUGCGCAAAAAUUGAUCAAUUGCUGGAGCAAGCGCAAAAAGAUGAUGUCGUCGAGAUCAACCUUCCUGAUGAACUAGGUAUGAACAAUGCUGGUGCACGUGUACUCGAAGCGAUACAUUCGAUAUAUUCCGCUGACAGAAUCGGAAAUGAUUUAUUUAUUAAGUAUGAUGGGCUUAAUAAAGAAAGGAUUCAUUACAAACUAGUAAACUCAGCUGAAACAAUGUGGUAUUCAGCAAGUAAUGGAAUAUGUGUUGUUGGAGGUGCAGAACGUCGACCUGACGUUGGUGUUUGGUUUACAAGACCAACACAGGCGCAACGCACACAUCCGAUUAUUAAUCAAUGUCCGCCUCCGGCUGUGUGGAUUGAGGUGUUUUUUGAUAAAGAUCCGGAUCGGAGUAACGCAUUUAAUAGAAUCAAUUAUUGUCAGCAAUACUGGAAUAGCAUCGAAUACGUUGGAAUUGCUAUACCUGAAACCAUUCAUCAGAACCCAAACCCUUGGCAAGCUUCGACUGCUGUAGUUCGACAAAACAACAGACCCAACCAAUCCCCAUAUGUCAUUCAUUGGGACAGAAAUAAUAACCCAAUGUAUUUUAAGUAUAGCUGGAAUAAUCAUCUUGUACUUAGAGAUUAUAAUCUUGAUCAUCCCGAUACCUGUGAUAAUUGUGAAAGUUUAUUUAGUUUUUUUGAUCAAUUAAAAGAUCAAUUAGGAUUAGAAUUUAAUGAUAUGCUUGAUAAUUAUCAAAUAAAACUUAUAUCAUAG